UACGUAACAAACGGGUGUUCACCUGUAUGUUGCCAAUUCUACUGGCACGUAAGCUAGACACAUUGUAGGCUACAGCUAUGGCUAAACACAUUUUUUAAAAACAUUUAUAAUAACCGGCCUGCAUUGUAUGCCGAUCAUCUAGCCUACAAUGUCGGUCCAACACCCCGAAGGAGAGGACGCGGUCGAAGAAAGAAAAGGAUUCUUCAUCGAACCAGAAUACGACUGGGACGAGGAGCAGGACAAUGUCGACCACCACAAACUUAUUUUACAAAAAGCCGAUGCACUGGCAUCAGAAAACCGUCUCAAAGAAGCCAUCGAUGUUUACUCGAUGGCCUUGAGAUAUGGUUCUGUAGGGCCGGAGCAGAUGAGCACUUUAGUGGAUUGUAUUCUGCGCAACUUCAAGAGAAAGCUGGGACAGGAUGAGGCGCCUUCGGAACGAACGCUACAUAUUAUGGAUAACGCCGGGGAGGAGGAUGUUUUUGACUGCCCGAAUUGUCAUAGAUUUCUAGGCGAGCCCGUGACUAUCCGCUGUGGACAUUCGUACUGUAAAAGAUGUUUACAACAUCAGCUGCUCUCCAAAUGCAAGCUGUGUAGCGAGGUAGGAGGCAGGCCGACAGAGCUUAAAACGAAUGUGAUUCUAUUCGGACUUUUGGAAAAGUGGUUUCCCGAGGAGCUGAAAAGGUCUAGAGCUAUUAGUGAAAUUGAAGACCUGUCUAGAAGGAAACAUUUCGAGGAGGCCGUAUCACUAGCGACAGCUGUGAUUGAAUCUGAUCCUGGGGAUGAGGCAGUGCGGUGGUCACGGGUCAAGGCCUACACCGGGCUCCGGCAGUACCGAUUGGCCCUGGAGGACGCUGAACUUUGUCUUAGCUCCACCCACUCUGCAGAGGGUUUCUACUGGAAGGCCAAGGUGCUCCAGGACAUGGGCCAGGCGGACGACUCGCUGCAGUUUUUCCUCCACUGUCUGGCCCUGGACAAGGACUUCACCCUGGCCAAACGAGAGGUGGAAAUGAUACUGUACGACCUGCUGUCUCCGGCCGGCGAGAACGUGAAAGUGGGACUGAGGGAGACGGCGCAGAGCACAUCGCCUCACCUGCGUAGUAAAAUGGUGGUAGCGGACGCCCAGGCCAGAGCCCAACAGCAUCAGGCCGAAGCCAAAAACCCUGCCCUGCACCAAGUCCAGGCUCGCACCUCCUCGGCACACCCCAACGCACAACACGAGAAACCAGGUCGCUCCGGGAGCCUGGAGCGUUCGGGCCUCAGCUCGAUGCGAGCCCACGGGCCGGGCCUGGGUCUGGCCGGCUUGGAUGAGGGUCUUAAACGUGUCUGUUCCGCGCCCCAGCUGGGGCACCAGGAGAAAGGCAUGCUGCUGAAGAGGAAGCUGUCGGCGUCCGAGGGCGGACCCCAUGUCAUCUACAGCCACGGGAGCAAGCAUAAGAAACAAGGAGUGGCCUGUGGAGCGUCGAGCCACGGAGCCUCAGCCCGAGCUCACAGAGUCGUACCCAGGGACCUACUGGACCCCAACGACCUGGAGUGUUCCCUCUGCAUUAGAUUGUUCUACGAGCCAGUGACCACGCCGUGUGGUCACACCUUCUGUAAAAACUGUCUGGAGCGCUGUCUGGACCACACACCCCAGUGCCCUCUCUGCAAGGAGAGCCUCAAAGAGUAUCUAGCAGCCAGGAAGUACACAGUCACCAGUGUGCUGGACCAAGUGAUUAAGCAGUACCUGUCUGAGGAGCAUUCGGAACGGCAGAAGACUCACCUGGAGGAGACCCAAGAGCUGGCAGACCUGAUGAAGAAUGUCCCCAUCUUCGUGUGCACCAUGGCCUACCCGACCGUGCCUUGCCCCCUGCACGUCUUCGAACCGCGCUACCGCCUCAUGAUCCGCCGUUGCAUGGAGACAGGCACGCGCCAGUUUGGGAUGUGCAUCAACAACGCUCAGAAAGGAUUUGUGGACUACGGCUGUAUGCUGAUCAUCAGGAGCGUCCACUUCCUCCCAGACGGGCGUUCCGUGGUGGACACCAUCGGAGGGAAGAGGUUCCGAGUGCUGACCCGUGGGAUGAAGGAUGGGUACUGCAUCGCAGACAUCAAGUACCUGGAGGAUACCAGGGUGAGUGACGGCGAGGAGUUGACACAGCUGCAGCAGCUGCACGACGCCGUUUACGAACAAGCGCGCACCUGGUUCCAGAACCUCAAGAACCGCUUCCGCAACCAGAUCCUUCAGCAUUUUGGCGCCAUGCCCGAGAGGGAGCCCGACAUCCAGGCAACUCCCAAUGGUCCGGCUUGCUGCUGGUGGCUGCUGGCCGUGCUGCCCAUCGACCCUCGCUACCAGCUGUCGGUGCUCUCCAUGACCACGCUGCGCGAACGCCUGGUCAAGAUCCAGCACAUCCUCUCCUACCUGCAGAGCAUCCCCAACGAGUAGAAGAGUAGAGUUCCACCCUACCACAACUACUUCCUACUCCCUGGUCCAGGCACCAUGUACCUCCAUACCACAUCAAACAACACAGACUCAUACGACUCCAUACAUCGGAUUUCACUCUUUAUUACUGCUGAGGCAUCCGCCACAAGACAACCGUGAGACAUCUGGACAGUGAAACAUCAAUGAGACCUCUCCCUGAGAAGACAGAAUCACACAACACUUCUGAGACACCAGCAAGAUCCCAGUCACAUAAGCAGCUAGCUUUAGCAGCACGACAGCUACCACACACCAGCUAGCUACAUCGGCGAGAAGCCACAGACUGCUGAGAAAUCAGCCGAAUUCUAAGAACUGGUCUUAUCUCUUGUAAUGAUGCUUUCUCUUUUGGUCUCUCUCUCUCCACCAUCCAGGGGCGAUCUUGUUUCUUUGGUUUUUGGUAGGCUGAAAUAGAUGUCUCUCUCUCUCUCUCUCUCUCUCUGAUGUUGUUGAAACAAAAAGGCCUUUCUUUCUAUACUCAACGCUGGCCUCAACAGUGACACCAGCCACCCUCAACACCUGCCACUGUCAGCUUGGUUACUAGAGCGAGAAAGAAAGAGAGAGAGAGAGAUUGGUGAAGAGAUGUCUCCGUUGCAUUGUCUACUCAAGACUACCCAAGCAGCCUCACUUUCUCUAUUCGGUCACUGUUGAUGGUAGAAGGGAGGGGGCGGGUGUAUGUGUGUUUUGUUUCUAUGGGUUGGCGGUGCUUUGGUGCAAAUUCUAAAUGCUGAAAUUGAGACCGAGAGAGGAAGGGGCUGGGUGGAGGGGGUGGAUGAAUUGUAGAAGGUUGGUGGUAACAAAUGGAGAGAGGGGGUACUAGAAUUGUUUGUGUAUUACAAAGCCCAGCAAGUGGGAUGGUGCAGCCUUACGACGACACUGAAAACAAAAAUGUGUGAAUCUUACUCUUCCGAGCAUUAAGCCCCUCUGUCACUUCUCUAUGUCUACUAAACGCACAACUUCCUUCACCGCUUCCACCUAGUGGUGGUGGACCCUGAUGAAAAAGAGAGGUUCCCCAUUUUUUAUUAAUGUCUCCCAAUUUUUUUGUUUUCUUCAAAGACUUCAGAAAGAAAACCCUCGUGGCAGCCAUUUUGUCCAGUCUGUAGUAUAGCUACAGAUGUGGGACUCUGGUGUCGCAACGCUCCCAACUUCUGUGCUCUUAACUGUUUUUUUUCUCAGCUAAAAACAAGGCACAACUCUAAAAAAUCCAGACUUCCAAAAUACGUUACUCUGUGGUUUUGGUUUUGUUGUUGUUUCUCAGUGGAUACGGAACCUCUUCAAUCCCGAUAGCUUAGGAAGCGUUGUUGAUUUUGCAUUGGGGAUGUUUCCCAUUCCGAGUUAUCGAUUCUUGAGAGAAACCUCAAAAGUCAUCCAUGUGACUCGAGUGUUGUAUUUUCUGUCUCUCUUCUAAGCCAAAAGUUCCAACUUCCUGUUUAAAUCCAAUGUAAUUUUUAAGGAGAGAUAUAUAUUUUGACAGUAUGUUUGUAUGUACAAAAUCAAAAAAGGGGAACUUGCAAUAUUUUGACACAGUGAAAAGGAGAAAGUAACAAAACUAUACAAUGAUCUGCGUUCAGCACUGCAAGGGUUAUAGGUCACUUUGUUGUCCAGUAGCAGUCGGCCUGCCUUUUGUUGGAAAAAUGACUAAUAUAGGUGAAUAUAUCUGGGGUGGUCGAUUUCGCAGACUAAUUUUUGCCUUAUACCAUUUUAGCAUUUGGCUUUGAACGGCACAAUGCGACGGCUUGGUUAGCAUUCCUGUUGCAGUACUAGUAAUUAUGAUAUUUGUGUUAAUUAUUUUGUCUUUUCUUCAGCCGCCUCAUGGCUCGAAUCGUUCACAGUGUGUAUAAUGUAUGUCAAGUCGCGGCUUUGUUUCGCCUAAAUCAUUUUGUUUUUGGACAGAUCAUGCUUUUUCCUCAAAUGUUUAAGUUAUCAAUUUUCAAUAAUAAAUGAACUCAUUUUUUUCAA